AUGGCCUCCAACAUCCUCGUCCUGGGCGCCGGCGAACUGGGCCUCGCCGUGCUACAGGCGCUGUCGCGCCACCCCAAGCGCAGCCACGCCCGCAUCACCGUCCUGAUGCGCCAGGCGUCGCUCGACUCGGCCGCGCCCGACAAGAAGAAGCUGGUGCAGCAGAUCAGGGCGCUCGACGUGCGCUUCGAGGCCGCCGACGUGGUGCAGGCGUCCGUCUCGCAGCUCGCCGCCGUCUUCGCCAAGUACGACACCGUCGUCUCGUGCAACGGCAUGGGCCUGCCGCCGGGCACGCAGACCAAGCUGUGCGAGGCUGCGCUCGAGGCGAGGCUGCCGCGCUACUUCCCCUGGCAGUUCGGCAUGGACUACGACGCCAUCGGCCCGGGCAGCUCGCAGGACCUGUUUGACGAGCAGCUGCUGGUGCGCGGCAUGCUGCGCGCCCAGGACGCCACGGACUGGCUGAUUGUGUCGACGGGCCUCUUCAUGAGCUUCCUCUUCGUGCCCGACUUCGGCGUCGUCGACCUCGCCUCCAGGACGGUGCGCGCCCUCGGCUCGUGGGACAACCGCAUCACGCUGACGACCCCCGACGACAUUGGCCGCGUCACGGCCGAGCUGGUGCUGGAUUCUCAGGGCCUCAGGAACCAGUGCGUCUAUGUCGCCGGCGACACCCUCACGUACCGGCAGCUGGCCGACCUUCUCGACGAACGCUUUGGCAUCAAGUUCUGCCGCGAGCUCUGGGACGCGGAGGAGUUGGCCAGGCAGAUGCGCGAGGACCCGAACAAUGGCUAUGUCAAGUACAGGGAUACCUUUGCACAGGGGAAGGGGGUGGCCUGGGACCAGGACAAGACGGUCAACUCUGCGCGGGGAAUCAAGAUGACGGACGUCAAGGCGUAUCUGGCGGCCAUGGACGUGAAGCUGGAGUGA